AUGGCUGCGGCUGCAGAGGGCACCGCAGUCAAGACUGAGGAGGAUGAGUUCAUGGAGGGUCUCUUCGCGCGUUUGGAUGAGGAGUUGAACGACAGCCAGCUCCCCAGUGCCCCUCAUGACGAGGAUCCCGACGCCGAGAUGGCAGGGGCCUCGAGCUUUGGAGUGGUGAACUUCUGUUCCAAGUGCGCCUUCGUGCUCUUGCCCGCGGGCUCGGAGGCGAGAGAGGGCGCGGCGACGACAGCCGCGGGCGGAUCAGGUGAUUGCACAUGGCGCCGUCAGCUCCUCAAGUUGAUCGACGAUGAUACGAUCGAGGCCCGUGACCAAGUUCCUGGGCCAGACAGUGAGGAUCGGCCUAGCUUCGUCCUGGCCUUCGCGAGGCAGAGGGUGAACGGGGAGCUGACCCUCCAGCAGAUGGCGCGCGUCUGGCACAGUCAUGGCGGCAGCCAGGUGCCAGCGGGCGAUGAUGGAGAUGAGGACCAUUUGCCGAUCAGCGACCUCAGCUUGGAAGGCAAGCUGCCGUCUGGCGUCAUGUACACCAGCAUAUCCCGCAUCAGGAAGACCAUCAACACGUACGCUAGCCAGAUUACCAACGUGGACUGGGCCUUGAAAAUGAAGCUGGGAACCAUCCAUGCUCUGGGGCGGCGCUUGGAUCAACACAGUGGCAACAUACUUGGCAAACAGGAUGUGGAGUUGAGUCUCGCUUUCAAGCAGUUGCAGCAUAGGCACCUCGGCUUGGUCCAACUCUACAAGGCCAUGAAGGCGUGGAACGAUACCCAAUCCAGCGCACACAUGGGCGACGCCAUCAAGUUCUUCAGCACGCUGGAGAGCUAUCUCGAGAAGGUUGGUCAGAGGCUGUCCCCCGACAGCGAGAUUAUCAAGCGCUACAGCCUGUUCCAGAAGGACAUCCGUGACGGCCGUUCUCUCUCAACGGCGACGCAGCACAUUCGUUUGGGCGAGAUGGAGGUUCUGCACCGCGAGUAUGUCGAGAGUGCCAACUCGGAGCCGCAGGCUACUACUGAGGUCAAGCAGGAGGACUGUGCCGACGAUAUCACCGAGGUAACGUGCCAAACUAAAAAGAAGCGGAAGGUGGAUGCCGACAUGCCAUGGUUGAGAAGUUUGUUGUUGGAAGAGCCCUUGCAGCAGGUCUACAAAUUGAUCGCGGUGCAUGUUCGCGCUAUGUUGUACGAGCUUCCCGCCAACAUUGCAGAUCACCAGGAUAAGCUGGAGGUUGCCAUCGCGGAGCUGGGGGGCGUUCGCGAUGCAGUGGCCGAUAUCACGAGAUUGCCAGGCGGAGAGUUGAUAAAGGCCUUGCAUGCAGUCGUGACGACUUCCAAGUGCUUGCGCAAAGACGAGACGCAGAUGCCCGACGUCGAGGAGGCUGGCGAGGUGCGCAAGUACAUCGUGUCCCUCGCGAAGACCACUGGCCCCGUCAGCGAGCUCGGCAAGGCCAUGGCUUCGUACGACUGCGCCGUCGCGCUCACUGCCGCCCUGAACCACUCGAAGGUCGGCAUCCAGGACAAGAGCGCGACCGAGUCUUUCACUGCGGCCGUCGCCGCUUUCGAGCUCACCUUCCCAGAUGGCCCGCUGGACCCGAUGAGUUGGGCAUUGCACGGCAACGAGAAUAAGCCUCAUACGUUGCAGUCGUUCCUGGCGGCAAUCGAGGCGACCCAUGCGUUUGCCACCACUUGCAUGCUAGCGUUGAAGAAGUGGUCGGCUGUUGGGCUCACACAUAACAAGGACUCGUUGGCAACGAGCUUGUCCAAUUGUGGCCUCCUGCUCCACGUCGGCAUCGUUGUCAUGGUCAACGCUGGUCUAACAAUUCUGCUCGAGACCGCCGUUGGGGACGAGGUCGCAUUGGCGACGGGCUUGGAGGGCGCCGCUCAGCUGCCAGAUGGGCUCUCAGGCAAAAUGGAAGGCACUGGCAUCGAGCAGGGUGAUGUCCAUGCGGAUGCGUCGCAGGCGGCAGGAUCCGCAUCGGAAGUCCAUGAGGUGAAAGCGCGUUUGCCGUCCUUUCGCAAGCUCGCCCCGCGCGUCGCGCAGGUCCAGAAGGAUGCCUUGGCUUUCGCUGACCGCUUGCAUGGGACAAUGGUGGCUGUCAGUCAGGUUGCGACUGCCGUUGCGGGCAGGGUCACUGACGCCAGCUUGCGCGAGAGCGGGUGCAACGUUGAUUUCGACCAGGUUACCGACAACUUCAAGGCAAACAAGGCUGCGUUGGAGAAGAUCUUCGGCUACGUCAUGAUCGGCUCUGCACUUGAUGCGAAGGAGACGCAUGGCGGCAUGCUCACGGAUCUCGAUGCCCAGUCGUCUGCCGACCUGCGCCGCUUCUUCAAGAUCCACCAAGAGCACACGACGCAGGAGGCGAUCCAGCUCCGCUUCGUCGUCGACGUCUUCGGCGACCUGUUCAAGAGCCCCUUCGAGGAUAUCUUCGACAAGUUUGUCAAUCAAUAUGGAACGGCUACUGUCGAGGAGUUGGGCAAGGCCCCAUUGGAGUUGGUCGGAGUCGCCUCGUUCGAGGUGCCGUUCGAGAAGUUCCCGCACAACACUGCCUGCAAGAAUCUCGAGGAGUUCGCACAGGCAGCGGGCCUCUCCACGUUGGACCUGGAUGGCGCCACGCAUGCCGUGGAUAAGAACGAGAAGUUGGACAGUCAGGUUGCGAUGUUGAUCCUCAAGGUGCGGUGCGUCGUGCGGGACCUCGCGCACGCAGCUGCCCACGUUAACGAGACGGUGAUCAACGCCUACGGCCUAGAGAAAGCCCCGAGCCCAGCGGCCCUUUGUCAGGAUAUCCCACGCGCCGUGGACGUCCUCAAGAAGAUGCUCUCGAAGGCCGACGGCAUUAUCAACGGCGAGGGGGUGAUCAAGAUGGAGAAGUCGGGUUGGCAGUUGCCGACGGGCUUUGCCACGAUUCGCGACUGGAUCAAGCUCGUCGCCAUUUUCAGCGGCUCCUCGCAGGAUGUCGUCAUCAAGAUGUGGGCCUCAGCUUUGCGUGCGAAGGCUGAGAACACCCGCAACAGUUUGCCGCAUUGGCAGGCGGGCUUCGAGGGUGGGCGCAUCAUCGAGAAGGUAGUUUUCAAGCUCUUGGUUGGCAAGCUGGCCGUGAUAUCGAAGCACCACGUCGCGUUGGUCAACUUGCUCCGCGACAUCAACCAGGCCGCGCAGAUGCUCAACAUCACCCCGAGGCUCCAGAUCCACGAAGAGACCAGCGAGCCCAUUGCGCUCGCGGUGUCUGUCCUCGACGAUGCGAGGUUGGCCAGCGUCGUCGUGCUCGGCAUCGACUUGGUUUCGAAGUUCCGUGCUGGCGCCAUCGGCCAGAAAGAGGCCAGCAGCUUCCUCGACAUGUACCCACAGGCGAAGUACACGGCGGUGCCAGAUGGAUUGUACGACGAGGCGCCCCACAUCGCUGCCCACGAGGUGACGGCGCUUCCAGCGCCACGGCGCGAGGCGACGCCAGUGAAGGGCUGCAAGCGCCCCGACUCGUCCAAGCCGUCGCCCGCAGCUUCGACGACGGCCCCGUCGACGCACUCCUCCGACCGCGGCUCCAACGCCGACGUGCCAGCUGAGGGGUGCCCACCGCCGCCGACCAAGUCGGCGAGGGUCGUGUUCAAGAAGGUGAAGAAAGAGUAG